AGAGAUUGAGACAAGAUGGUUGAAAAAUAUAAUAAAUUGGCUAAUGGGGAAAGUUCAAUUGUCGUUUAUAACCAGGCAUUGUAUUAUAUCUCCAAUAAUAUUAAGUAAAAAUAAAAAGAGACUGUCAAGUCAAUCAAUUAAAGCUUAUGUUCACCUUAAAUGGCUGCAGAAAGUCAACGUGACUGUGUGCUGGGCAUAUAAUUCAUUUAAGAGGUAGUAGACUGGCGGGUCUAGGCCAGGUAAAAAUAUGGCUUCCAUGGGUGAUGUUGCUAGAACAUUUCCUAUCACAGUCGAGAUUCUAAACGUUAUCAGCGCCGACAUGAAGCUACCUAUUGGUCUUGAAAAUAAUCGUGAAAAUAAAAAAACAAUCGUUAAGAAGUAUCACGUAUCAUUAGUGAUUAGUGAAAAAUUUCUCAUCAUGAAUGAGAUCGUUAAUCAAUUAGACGUAUCGUUUCUUCGUUAAAUAAAUUUUCUUUCGUCGUGUUUUAAAUGUUUUCGAAACAAUACACUCGACUUAACAAUAUUUUGAACAAUACUAUUUGAAUGAUCGAAUAAUAAUUAUUCCCAUUAACGUUAUGCUCGUCGACAAAUUUUAACAAGAUAAAUCUAACGAGACUAGGAUUCGUGUUCCAAAUUAUCCAGCUAAAUCGAUCGACGAUGAAUGGACUACUGUGAUAUUGAAUUACGAAGGACCGUUGGAAGAAACACUUGGAAAGAUUUUCACUAACCAAGAUGUCAAGAUUAACGACCAUGAACGUAUUGUUCCUGUUGAUAUUAAACUUUGACUGGGUCGUAUUUACAACAGAGGAACGAGUAAUAUGUGGAAAAAAUCGAACCCUUCUGGAAAUCCCUGGAAAAGCAAUGUUGUCGGUUUUCGUUGACUUGAACAAAGGACCAUUUUGUAAUGUAACAUCGAUCAAAGGAUACGAAGAAAUGUCUACAGCAAUAUUCGUAAUCCAAACCUUGAACAAAUUGGAAUACGUGUCUGAUUUAACGUUAGGAUUAAGGAUUUUCGACACGUGUCAAGAAAAUAUCACGGUUUAUAAGCAAACUGUACAAGCUGCUGUUAAUAUGGAUUGUACUGAACAUUAUGAAAUGGGUGUCCUUGUUCCAGCUAUUUAUAACAAUAUUCUCGAACCUUUGACCAAUUUCAGUCUUUUACCUAUAAGUUUUUACAAAGAAGAAAAUUUAACAAAACCCUUGAUCAAUAUCAUGGUGCAUUAUAUUAGUACAAGAUUUGAAUCUAUUGAUUUACUUUUAACCAAUUCUGAUUUCGUAUUGGAUUAUUUUUUUGAUGCAACUAAAAGUUUGGGUAUUUGUGUAAAGAAUUAUAAGGAUAUUCAAGAAUUGGAGGAUAACGUUACCGAAGCUGUGAUCGUUGUUAUCGGAGAUGUGGAGGAUAUCAAACAAUCGAUUGAAAAAGGAGAGAAACUCGAAGGACCUAGAAAAACGUGGAUUGUUUUACCUCUCGACAGGUCGCAUGUUGAUGAUCUGAUACCAUCAGGAUCGUACGUCGUGAAAUCAGUGUCCUUUGAUUUCGAUGCUAAACAAGAAGUUCAAUCAAUUGACAAGUUUUCCGAAAAAAGUUUUAAUUCGGUGACAAAUUCGCCAUAUAUUUUAGGUAUUGGUAAAGCUAUACUCGAAUUAACAGGGCUCUUACAUGAUUUAAAAAAAAGAAAUUGUCCUGAAGAAAACGUAUCGUGCAUGAUGCCUCGUUUCAAUCCUCAUAUUCGUCAAGAGAUUAAAAAUUCCGAGAUUUAUGAAACCCUGCAGGUUUUACCGAAAGAUCAAUCGAUCAAAUAUAUCGUUGCUAUGAGGAAUCAUCAGGACUCGUUCAUUGAUAUUGCAACUUAUACUAUUGAGCCUAAUAAAUUUCGAAUAUUACCGGAAAAGAAGAUACCAAGAAUGCCGAAACUCUGUUUGAGAAAAUUUGCUAACAAUUGCGAGGAGUGUGCGAAUUUUCAAAGGAGAACCGAUCCAUACGGUUUUGCCAAAGGUACACCGGAAGAUAGUUUCUUAAAAACAGGAACUUGGAUACCAAUCUUUUUAACGAUUGCUGUUAGCGGUACAUUUGCAUGCAUCGUUAUCAUCGUAUUCAUACUAUAUCGUUAUUUCGUCGAAGAUGUACUCGAUGGAAAUCCAACUUUAACGAUCUUUCUGAUCUUAGGAAAUGUAUUCACUUUGCAAACAGUUUUACCAUUUUGCAUGAACGACGAUCAGUUUAAUUCUCGAGAGCAUUUGAACUCGAGAAAGAUAUUCGUUACGACCUUAGCCUUUGGGCUGCUCUUUUCAGUGAUGUUGUCGAGAGCCCUAUUCCUAGCAUUCUCAACGGGUGGUCUAUUUACCACUCACAUAAACGGUUACCUCCAGGGGCUAAUGGUGUUCUUCGUGUUCGGUGUACAAAUCGCCAUAUCGACCAGUUACUUCUUUCUCAGCACCCUCGACUCUGCUAUCGCUGUCAGAAGUCUAACUUUUAUUGCUCUUUUAGGUUACGAUAUAUUCUUACUGGCAAUGUUAUUCGUCGUUUGUUGUUUCAUCGCUCACAUACAAAGAAAUUAUCGCGAAGGGAAAUGCUUUUUUGGAACGGUGAUUGGGUUGGUAGUUACUUGGGCUAUCUGGGUGACGUGUUUCAUUCUGAUGGAACCGGAAAUUCGUGACACGGUUGUCUGUUUUGGUAUAUUAGCUACAGCCUAUUUAAUCAUCAUUGGUAUUCUCAUUCCAAGAACUUAUUACAUGAUGACACAUUUGACAAGAGGAAUUGAUUUUGGACCAAGAUUCGAUCCUGUUAUAGAUUCAACAGCCGAUCCAAGAUCAAACGCAUUAGUUAGACAGAACCGAGCAUUCUACGAUUACGUUCAUCCUAUGGGUAUUGGUAGUAUAAACAAUCUACAAGCACCCUCAUUGUAUCCAAAUUAUUACGGUAGCUCAAGCCCAGAUCCAAGGACAAUCAAUCGUUGUAGAAGUCCUGAUCCCAGGAGGACACCCGGUUACAAUAAUUAUGGUUUUCGUCCAGAGAUGAGGGAAAUUGAAAAUUCUUAUGGCGUACCGCGUGUCUACGUAGAAAAUUUUGAUCCUCGAAACAGUCCGAACGAGAGAAGCAACAUAGAUUCGGGUUACGCUUUACCAAAGUGUCAACGGAAGAAAAAGAAAUUGAUACUAGAGGAGAAAGAUUGUAUCGAGACGGACGUUUACGUGGAAAACAGAUUAUCACCAAGCCGAAGACAACACGAAGAAGCGUAUCCUUCGAGGUGUGCUAGUCCAAAAUUAGGACAAACGGAAGCAACCAUUUGUGAGGAAGACGAAGACUCGGAUAUUAAUAGAAUAACACGAUUUUAAUUUAAUAUGUAUAUAUAUGUACGUGUGUGUAUAUAUUACACAUAUAUACAUAUAAUAUAUCACACACGAAUUGAUAGAUUUCACAAAGUAACGUUAAUACAUAUAAUUAUUUCUUUACGGUAAAAUAAACAUGAAAUAUUUGAAA